AUGGAGUUUGUUUGCAUUUGUUUGUACAAGGGAGUUCUCAAUCAGCAUGAAGAAAGAAAUGUUGCGGUGAAAGUACUCAAUCUUCAAACUUCAAGAGCUUCUAAAAGUUUCAUAUCUGAAUGUGAAGCCUUGAAAAGCAUUAGGCAUCGAAAUCUUGUCAAGCUACUGACUGCUUGUUCAAGCAUUGAUUUUCAAGGAAACAAUUUCAAAGCCCUGGUGUAUGAGUUCAUGGUGAAUGGAAGCCUAGAUGAGUGGCUGCACAUAUCAACUCAAGGAGUAGAUAGGUCAGCCAAUCUGCCAAAGAACCUGAACCUCACUCAAAGAGUUAACAUUGCCAUUGAUGUAGGGUGUGCUCUGGAUUAUUUGCACAACCGCUUCCACAUGCCAAUAGUUCAUUGUGAUAUAAAGCCCAACAACAUUUUGUUAGACAAUGACAUGAUUGCUUGUGUAGGUGAUUUCGGUUUAGCAAGGUACUUCCGAGAUGCUUCUUGCCCAUCUCCUUUGCACGAAAGCAGUUCCAGUGUCAUAAAAGGCUCCAUAGGCUAUACUCCCCCAGAGUAUGGAAUGGGAAGCGAGGUGGCAACAUAUGGUGACGUGUAUAGCUAUGGAAUACUGUUGUUAGAGAUGUUAACUGGUAAGAGGCCAACAUAUGAAAUGUUUAAAGAUGGUAUGGACUUGCACAAUUUUGUUUCGAUGGCUCUACCAGGACGUGUGGAAGAUAUAUGUGAUCCACUACUUGUUCAAAUAGAAGAAAGCAAAAGUAGUACUAAUCCCAGAAGUAACAGGGGGAAUCAUACCCCAAAUGAUCAAAGAAAAAGGGUUGUGGGGUGCUUGACUUCCAUUGCAAGAGUGGGAGUGGCUUGUUCUGUAGCGAUGCCGAGGGAGCGAAAAGACAUGAGCAAUGUGGUCUCUGAAUUGAGUCUAAUAAGGGACAUGCUAACUGGAAUCAGAUGCCAAGUGAGCGUCUCUAAUCAAGGCCUAUGUAGUGAGAAAUAAUGGCCUGUCAUCAUUAUUUCAGCUGUCAUGAAACUUGGACAGUAGUUUGCGUGGAGCGGUCUGUCGGUUUUAAUAUUUUUGCAGUUGCUUUUAUUGUAUGAUUUGUGAAUGAUCUUUGUAAGAUCAUCUUUGCGCUUGCUUGGAUGUCUAUUUAAGUUUAGUGUUCUGUCUGUUUAAUAUUUUGCUUUACUAAGUUUGUGUUUGUCCAGUCUUCAAAUUUGUCAAUCUUUCUUACUUUCUUUGUUGUUUACAUUGAUUGUUUACACACUUGUAAUUGUAGUAUAUACCAGCAAUUGAACCUGCGCGAUGCCAUAGGUUUUUAAUUGUGUUAAACGUGUAGAAUAUGUUAA